AUGGGAGGAGGAGAAGAGAAACCAGCACUGGAAGAGUAUGGGGUGGACCUGACGGCUCGAGCCAAGGCUGGCAAACUUGACCCCGUCAUCGGAAGAGAUAGCGAAAUUCACCGGACGAUUCAGAUCCUCUCCCGCAGAACAAAGAACAACCCGGUCUUGAUAGGUGCUGCAGGCACAGGCAAGACCGCCAUCCUUGAAGGGCUUGCACAGAGGAUAGUGAGAGGGGAUGUCCCCGAGAGCAUCAAAAACAAGAGAGUCAUCUCUCUCGACCUAGGACAACUCAUCGCUGGUGCCAAAUUUAGAGGUGAUUUCGAGGAGAGGUUGAAGAAAGUAUUGAAGGAGGUGGAAGACGCCCAGGGUGGGGUCAUUCUCUUCAUUGAUGAGCUUCACACCCUGCUGGGACUGGGAAAGGCAGAGGGCUCCAUCGACGCCAGCAAUCUACUCAAGCCAGCGUUGUCCCGUGGCGAGCUACAAUGCUGUGGUGCCACGACUCUAAACGAAUACCGCCUGAUCGAAAAGGAUGUUGCUCUUGCACGCCGUUUCCAGCCUAUCCUGGUUGGCGAGCCUUCUGUACAGGAUAGCAUUUCGAUCCUCCGUGGUAUCAAAGACAGAUAUGAAGUCCACCAUGGUGUCCGCAUCACCGAUGGGGCUCUUGUCGCCGCCGCAUCCUACAGCAACCGCUAUAUAACCGAUCGGUUCCUACCCGACAAGGCCAUUGAUCUAGUCGACGAGGCUGCUUCUGCCUUGCGACUCCAGCAGGAAUCCAAGCCUGAUUCUAUCCAGAAACUCGAUCGUGAGAUUAUGACCAUCCAGAUCGAACUUGAAUCACUUCGCAAAGAAACCGAUGUUGCGUCUAAGGAACGUCGGCAGAAGUUGCAAGAAACCCUCGCAGAGAAGCAGAAAGAAGUCGACAGGUUGACCGAAAUCUGGAACCGCGAGAAGGCGGAAAUCGAAACCAUCAAGAAGACAAAGGAAGAUCUGGAGAAAGCACGGCAUGAAUUAGAUCAAGCGAGGAGGGAGGGUAACUUCGGACGUGCAGGAGAACUCCAGUACGCCGUUAUUCCUAAGCUCGAGGCUCAAUUGCCGGAAGAGGGUGAGGAAGUCGCCACUACGACCAAGAACGGCGAGACCCUAAUCCAUGACGCCGUGACUGCCGACGAUAUCGCCAACGUCGUGAGCCGCACGACGGGGAUCCCGGUCAACAAGCUCAUGGCCGGGGAGGUGGAAAAGUUGAUCAAGAUGGAGGACAAGCUGCGAGAACAUGUCAGAGGUCAAGACGAGGCACUCACUGCAGUCGCCAAUGCGGUGCGUCUGCAGAGAGCCGGCCUCAGUGGCGAGAACCGUCCGAUGGGCAGUUUCAUGUUCCUCGGCCCCACCGGUGUGGGCAAAACCGAACUUUGCAAACAGCUAGCCAACUUCCUCUUCAGCACCGAGACCGCUGUUGUGAGAUUCGACAUGUCUGAGUUCCAGGAAAAGCACACCGUCUCAAGGCUGAUCGGUGCCACGGCAGGCUACGUGGGCUACGAAGACGCCGGCCAGCUCACAGAGGCAGUGCGGCGGAAGCCUUACGCUGUGCUGCUGUUUGACGAAUUUGAGAAGGCACACCGUGACAUCUCCAGCCUGUUGCUGCAGGUCUUGGAUGAGGGCUUUUUGACUGACAGCCAGGGUCACAAGGUCGAUUUCCGAAACACGCUGAUUGUCCUGACCAGUAACCUUGGCGCCGAAGUCCUGAUGGGCGCGGGUACCGACUCCGAAACCGUGGCUCCUGAGCAGAAGAAGGCGGUCAUGGAAAUCGUGCAGGCGAGCUAUCCGCCCGAAUUCCUCAAUCGGAUUGACGAGUUCAUCAUCUUCAACAAACUGUCGAGAUCCGCGCUGAGAGAUAUCGUGGAUAUUCGAAUUAAGGAACUCCAGGACCGACUUGAUGACCGCAGGAUCACGCUUCAGAUGUCGGACGAAGUCAAAGGCUGGCUGUGCGAGAAAGGUUAUGACUCGAGGUACGGUGCCAGACCGUUGAACCGGCUGAUUCAGCACGAGAUUGGCCGGAGAUUGGCAGACAAGAUCAUUCGCGGCGAGCUUAAGACGGGAGACACGGCCACAGUCGUUGUUGCGGCAGACAAAGAAUCGUUGGAGCUGGAGGUUGGAAAGCCGAACCAAGGGACAGUUGCAUAA